AUGGAGCUGGUGAGCAGGCGAGACCCCCACCUCCGAGGGGUCGUAUGGUUUGCGGCGUGCUGCAGAGCCCUGACACUUCUGCUGCAGGCUUUGUUUAACCUCCUGAUCCCAGAUCACGCUGCGGACGCCUUCUCUCCCCCUCGUCUGUCAGAGCCUGGCCUGUGGGACCUGCUUUUGGAGCGGCUGCUGGGCGGCCUCUCGCACUGGGAUGCAGAGCACUUCCUCUUCAUUGCCGAGCGUGGUUACCUGUACGAGCACAACUGCGCCUUCUUCCCGCUGUACCCCCUGAGCGUGCGUGCUGUGGCCGAGGGUGCUCUGUGGCCCUUGCAGCGGCUGCUGCGUUUGCGGAGCCGCCUGCUGCUAUCAGCUGUGCUUCUUAAUUCUCUCUUUUCUGUCCUGGCAGCCGCUGCCCUGUAUAAGCUGGGCUGCGUCGUGCUGCAGUGUCGCAGGGUGGCUUUCCUUGCUGCCGUUCUCUUUUCUAUCAGCCCUGCCAACGUAUUUAUGGCAGCUGCUUACUCAGAGAGCAUGUUUGCCUUCCUGGCAUUCAGUGCCAUGUGGCAACUGGAGAAGGGGCAAAGCUGGCUCAGUGGAUUGCUCUUCUCCCUUGCUUCUGGGGUGCGUGCCAACGGCCUUAUUAAUGCUGGCUUCUUUCUCUACUCCCGCGGUAAAUGCUUUGCCCUCCAGCUCCAGGUGGGUUCAGGAUCAGUAAGGAAGCUUCCUCUGUUGUGGAAGCAACUCCUUAGCCUGGCAUCUUCAGUGGUUCUGAUGUGUGCUGGGAUUUUUCUACCUUUUGCUUUAUUUCAGUAUUAUGCUUACGUGAGGUUCUGUGGUCCUGGCAUCGGCCUGGAGCAGACUGUUCCCAAGCCGCUGCUGCAGCUGGCUCUGGACAAGGGCUAUUGUCUGGCGGCCGUGGACGGGGUUAAACCCCCUUGGUGUUCCCAGCGGUUCCCUGUCGUCUAUUCCUAUAUUCAAGACGCUUACUGGAAUGUGGGCUUUCUAAGGUAUUUUGAGCUCAGACAGAUACCAAAUUUCUUGCUUGCUUUGCCUGUCACCCUUCUGGGCUCAUGGGCUGCCUGGAGCUACAUCAUUGCAAACCCCCGGCACUGCCUAACUCUUGGUCUAGAGAGAAGAAAGAGUGAAGAAGAGGGUAAACCAAGAGCUGGAUUUUGCUGCCCUGCUGUCUUUGUGUACGUGGUCCAUGCCACGGUCCUGUUGGCGUUUGGAUUCUUCUGCAUGCACGUGCAGGUGCUGACCCGGUUCCUUGGCUCCUCCUCGCCCAUCCUGUACUGGUUCUCCGCUCACCUCCUUCAAGAAUACGAACCUUUACUCUGGAGCGAAGGGACUGAUCAUCAAACCGUGGCACCUUGCUCCGAGAAGUCUCUUCUAGGUAAAUCUCCUGGUUCCUCUGGGAAAGGGACUUCUGAAAACCCCGUUGUGAGGCUGCUGAUGAACUGUAGAUUAAUUACCCCGCUCAGCAAAUGCAUUCUCGGAUUCUUCCUGUCCUACUGGCUGCUGGGACUGAUUCUGCACUGCAACUUCUUGCCGUGGACGUAG